AUGGAAAAAACCAAGUACUAUAUAUCUCGUUAAUUUUUCAUCUCUUCAUCUCUCUCUCUCUCUCUCUCUCUCUCUCUUAUAAACUGAUGGGAAUCUUUAUCAGUUCUUCAUUAGUGUUAAAUCAACUUUUUUUUUUCAAUAUAUAACCCUGGUGGUUGAGUCAUUCAUUGCCCCUUUUUUCUUUCCUUUCUUACUUUCCUUCUUUUGAAGAUUACGGGUGCUUGGAUUUCAAUUUAAUUUUCAUGCUAUAGUAACUUUUCGAUCAAGUAAAUCUUAAAAAAGUGAGUUGUUAAUGGGGUCUGAAGGACUUCCAGCUGUAACAAUCCAUGUGACAGGAUUCAAGAAAUUCCAUGGAGUAGCUGAAAACCCAACUGAGACAAUUGUUAGUAAUCUAAAAGAGUACAUGAAGAAGAAGGGCAUGCCAAAAGGUGUGGUCCUGGGGAGUUGCAAUGUUCUUGAGGCUGCAGGACAAGGCGGAGUUUCUCCACUUUACCAGACAUUUCAAUCUGCCAUAAACUCAAAGGAUUAUGAAUCUUCAAGUCCUGGAAGAAUUAUUUGGCUACACUUCGGGGUCAAUAGUGGGGCAACAAGAUUUGCCAUUGAGCAUCAAGCUGUCAAUGAAGCUACUUUUCGCUGUCCGGAUGAGAUGGGAUGGAAACCACAGAAAGUACCCAUCAUUCCUUCAGAUGGUGGAAUUUCACGAGUUCGAGAGACUACUCUUCCUGUUGAGGAGAUCACAAAGUCCUUGGCAAAGAAAGGUUAUGAGGUGAUGACAUCCGAUGAUGCAGGCCGAUUUGUGUGCAACUAUGUUUACUACCAUUCCCUUCGGUUUGCAGAGCAAAAUGGGACAAAGUCUCUCUUUGUGCAUGUACCUCUUUUCUUGACCAUAGACGAGGAGACGCAGAUGCAAUUUGCUGCUUCCUUGUUGGAGGUACUUGCUUCUUUGUAUUAGUAAGAUCUGUUAGCAUCCAUCUUGCUCUUUAUCACCACAAGCAUUUGAGCUUAUCCUGUUAUCGACAACAAUUGUUAAGAUGAGUGCCUGUAAUGAAAUGUUCAAAUAAACAGAUGAGUGUAUGGUGAAUGAAAAAGGUGUAUUUAUGGUUGCACAAAGACUUUUCAUGUACUUUCUUCGACCUUUUCCAAAAGGUUUUGGCUACUGAUUGAAAUGUUCUUGAAUCUCAGUUUACUGUGUGAAUUAAUAAGAUUCCAAUUUGCUAUUA